UUCCGCCGUCGCCUGUUUAGCCUGAAUGAACGGUUGCUCUCGCUAUGAUAUCACCCCAAUUGCUUCAUUUAUUCCUCCAAUUGACGGCCUGGCCUAGGAAAGAUGUUUAAAUAGAAACCACAGUCUCUGGUACUGAUGGGUCUGACCGCGAACCCAAGGUAGGCUGACAAGAUGAUCUUUGUCUACCUCUUCCUGUCUCUGCUUGCUGCUGUCGCUACAGCCGAAGAUGGAUCUCGAGCGUGGCUACGGUACGCACCUGUGCCCCAGGCCGACAACUAUCGCUCUCAUCCUUCGUCAAUCAUUGCCCUGAACAGCACUAAGAGUAGUCCGGUAUACACCGCUGGACAGGAGCUCCAGCACGGCAUUAAGGGCAUUUUCGGGAAACAACUCGGCAUCAAUGGGACUUCCAACAGCAGACCGGCCAUUAUCGUCGGCACCGUGGACGCGUAUAGGAAGGCUUAUGGGAACUUCGACGAGGCUGAUGGCCUUGAGGAGGAUGGCUUCUUCCUCAGCACCGAAGGCGACAACGUCGUAAUCGUGGGCCAGAACGAGCGCGGGGCAUUGUACGGCGCGUUCGACUACCUUUCCCGGCUGGCACAGGCCAAAUUCUCGACUGUUUCAUACGUCUCCAAUCCUCACGCUCCAAUUCGUUGGGUCAACCAAUGGGACAAUAUGGACGGCAGCAUUGAGCGAGGCUAUGCAGGCCCGUCCAUCUUCUUCCAGAACGGCUUCGUGGUGACCAAUACUACUCGAGUAGCCGAAUACGCACGGCUCCUAGCAUCCAUACGCAUCAACGGUAUCGUCAUCAACAAUGUAAACGCCAAUGUUACUUUGCUGAGCUCGCGAAAUAUGGAUGGUUUAGGCAGACUGGCCGACGCCAUGAGGCCAUACGGAGUACAGCUGGGAAUAUCGUUGAACUUCGCGUCUCCGCAGACGUUUGGCGGCCUGAGCACAUUUGAUCCUCUCGACCCUGCCGUUGAUGCGUGGUGGGCCAACAUCACCGAUCAGAUAUAUACCCGCGUUCCAGACAUGGCAGGGUAUUUGGUCAAGGCAAACAGCGAAGGGCAACCAGGGCCUUUAACGUACAAUCGCACACUUGCCGACGGGGCCAACAUGUUCGCCCGCGCCACGAAGCCCCAUGGUGGUAUUGUCAUGUUCAGAGCCUUCGUUUAUGACAACCACAUCAACGAAACAAACUGGAAGAACGAUCGAGCGAACGCUGCUGUAGACUUCUUCAAGGAUCUAGAUGGGAAAUUCGAUGACAACGUUGUGGUCCAGAUCAAGUACGGACCGAUCGAUUUCCAGGUCCGGGAGCCUGCCUCACCUCUGUUCUCCACGCUGCGCAAGACUAAUACGGCAAUUGAACUCCAAGUAACUCAAGAAUAUCUAGGCCAGCAGUGCCACUUGGUAUACCUAGCUCCACUGUGGAAGGAGAUUCUAGAGUUCGACAUGAAAGCUGAUGAUCGCCCAUCGAAAGUCAAGGAUAUCAUUUCUGGGGAGCGCUUCAGUCGGCCGAUAGGCGGAUUUGCAGCUGUGGUUAACGUGGGAACCAAUGCAACGUGGUUAGGGAGCCACCUCGCAAUGUCUAACUUGUACGCAUACGGCAUCAUGGCAUGGGAUCCUGCAGCCCAAUCAGAGGAAGUCCUCGGAAGUUGGAUACGCUUGACGUUCGGGUUCAACCGCGAUGUCAUGGACACGAUCACGGACAUGUCCAUGAAGUCAUGGCCAGCUUACGAGAACUACUCCGGGAACCUCGGCAUUCAGACCUUGACCGAUAUUCUGUAUACUCACUUCGGUCCAAAUCCGGCCUCUCAGGAUGGCAAUGGCUGGGGUCAGUGGACGCGCGCAGACUCAUUCAGCAUCGGCAUGGAUCGUACCGUGAAGAAUGGAACAGGGAACGCCGGUCAAUACUCCCCAGCAGUCGCUCAGGUGUACGAGAACAUCAACACUACACCGGACAACCUCCUGCUAUGGUUUCACCAUGUCAACUACACCCAACGCCUAAAGUCCGGAAAGACGGCGAUCCAGCACUUUUACGACGCGCAUUACGAAGGUGCAGCUACCGCGCAAACUUUCGUCAAGCAAUGGGAAUCGCUCCAAGGCAAGAUAGACGCCGAACGAUAUGAACAUGUGCUCUUCAGGCAGACGUAUCAGGCAGGCCAUUCGCUCGUAUGGCGCGAUUCCAUCAACCAAUUCUACUACAACCUAUCUCAAAUACCCGACGAGGCUAAGCGCGUCGGGAAUCACCCAUACCGCAUCGAAGCCGAAAAAAUGGCGCUUAGUGGGUACAGGACGUACGCUGUCAAUCCCUUCCACACCGCGUCGGGCUAUACUGCCAUCGUCACCACCUCCAAUUCCACUGUUGGAACAGCGACCGCUAAUGUCACGUUCGCCUCGGGAACCUAUGAUGUGGCCGUCAACUACUACGAUCUCAUCGGUGGAAAGGCGCGAUACGAGCUUUCUCUCAACAAUAGAACAAUUGGACAAUGGACCGGUGAUUUGGAAGAUAAGUUAGGUCACGCCCCUUCGAUCUACCUAGACGGCCAUUCGGCGACCCGCAUCACAUUUAGAGGGGUAGAGGUCAACAAAGGCGACAUACUCAAGAUUGUGGGUAAGCCUGAUGGUAUUGAACCGGCGCCUAUCGACUAUAUUUCUUUCCUCCCACCUGGCGUAGCCGACUAAGCCUACGAUGAAGAUUCUAUUUUUAAAUGCAUCGAGGGAGCCCAUAUAUUCAACGAUGUGCUUUUGGGCUGAAAUGGUUCGUCAAUAUAGACUGUUUUCCAAUUUUGGAAGGUUCUCCGCUGUUGGGCCGUACGCGCCCUUGCGUUCGGAGGUCCUCAAGGCUGAG